AUGGCUGCUGCAGCGGCGACCACGGAGGCCGCAGCGGACGUGAAGGAGAACCCGCUUCUGUCGCUGAAUCUCGCGUCGAUUCCGCUGUUCGACAAGAUCGAGCCCAAGCACGUGGUGCCGGGCAUGCGCGCCAUUCUCAAGGAAGUGGAGGAGCAGCUGGACAAUCUCGAGAAGAACGUGCAGCCCACGUGGGCAGGCCUCGUGGAGCCCGUGGAGCGAAUCGGCGACCGGCUGAGCAUCCCGUGGGGCGCGGUGAACCACCUGAACGCCGUGAAGAACUCGGACGAGCUGCGCGCGGCGUUCGAGGAGGUGCAGCCCGACGUCGUCAAGCUCUCGCUGCGCCUGGGGCAGAGCCGCCCGCUCUGCGACGCGUUUGUGGCUAUUAGGGGGAACCAGCAGCUGUGGGACAGCCUCAGCGUGGCCCAGAAACGCGUUGUCGAGUGUGAGUGGGUGUGUGUGGGCUGGUGUUUGUUGCUGGUGCGUGUGAGUCGGGGUGUGCGGGGUGGUGCAUGCAACUCGGACGAGCUGCGGGCGGCGUUCGAGGAGGUGCAGCCGGACGUCGUCAAGCUCUCGCUGCGCCUGGCGCAGAGCCGCCCGCUCUACGACGCGUUUGUGGCAAUCAGGGCGGACAAGGCGCUGUGGGAGAGUCUGAGCGUCGCCCAGAAGCGCGUCGUCGAGUGUGAAUUGGGGUCCGAGCUCAUAUCCGCCAAGACCAGCGGAGUGGCACUGGAGGGCGAGGCCAAGACUCGCUUCAACGAGAUACAGCAGGAGCUGGCGCAGCUGAGAACCAAGUUCCAGAACAACGUGCUCGAUGCCACCAAACGCUUCGUGCGCAUUGUCACUGAUCCUGCUGACGUGGCGGGCCUGCCGCCCUCCGCGCUGGGCUUGGCCGCUCAGGCUGCCGUUGGCAAGGGUCGCGAGGGAGCCACGGCAGAGAAUGGGCCGUGGGCCUUCACUCUCGACAUGCCCUCCUACCUGCCUCUCAUGCAGCACUGCCGCAACCGGGGCUUGAGGGAAGAAGUGUAUCGCGCCUUUAUAACCCGCGCUUCAGAGGGCGACAUCGAUAACACCCCUGUGAUCACGCGCAUUCUGCAGCUGAAGCAGGAGAAGGCCAAGCUGCUGGGCUUUGAGUCCCACGCCGAGGUGCCGAUGCAGUGGCGCAUGGCGACCAUAGAGAGCGCGCACAAGCUGGUGGAGGACCUCCGGGACGCGGCCUUUGACAUCUCCGUCAAAGAGCACGAGGAGCUGAAGGCGUUCGCCAAGGAGCAGGGCGCGGAGGAAGCAGACGACCUGAGGCAGUGGGACGUGACGUUCUGGGGGGAGCGGCUGAGGGAGGCGCGGUACGAGCUGACACAGGAGGAGCUGCGGCCGUACUUCUCCUUCCCUGUUGUCAUCGACGGGCUCUUCAAGCUCGCCUCGCGCCUCUUUGAUGUCUCCUUCCAGCCCGCUGAUGGGGAGGCACCGACGUGGAAUCCUGACGUGCGGUACUACAAGGUGACAGACUCUUCCGGCAACACUGUCGCCUCGUUCCUGCUGGACCCCUACUCGCGCCCGGCGGAGAAGCGCGGCGGCGCGUGGAUGGACGGCAUCUGCAACCGCAGUGGCCUCUUUGCCGCCCCUGGCGCUGCCGCCCGCCUGCCUGUCACGCACAUUGUGUGCAACCAGACGCCCCCGCUUGGGGAUAAGCCCAGCCUCAUGACCUUCAAUGAGGUGGAGACGUUGUUCCACGAGUUCGGGCACGCGCUGCAGCACAUGUUGACUCGGCAGCAGGAGGGCUUGGUGGCGGGGAUCAGCAACGUGGAGUGGGAUGCCGUGGAGCUGCCCUCCCAGUUCAUGGAGAACUGGUGCUACCACAGGUGCGUGUGUGCUGCUACCACAGGUGCGUGUGUGCUGCUACCACAGGUGCGUGUGUGCUGCUACCACAGAGCCACGCUGCUGGGCAUAGCGAGGCACUAUGAGACGGGUGAGGUGCUGCCAGAGGAGCUGUACAACAAGAUUGUGGCGGCCAAGAACUUCCGCUCCGCUACCAUGACCAUGCGCCAGCUGCACUUUGCAGCGGUGGAUCUGGAGCUGCACUGCUCGUUCGACCCCGAGGGCAAGGAGUCCAUCUACGAUGUCAACAGCCGCGUGGCCGAGCGCAUGCUCGUGCUGCCGCCGCUGCCCUCUGACCGCUUCCUCUGCUCCUUCCUCCACAUCUUCGCCGGUGGCUACGACGUCGGCUACUACAGCUACAAGUGGGCGGAGGUGUUGUCAGCGGAUGCCUUUGCAGCGUUUGAGGAGGCGGGGCUGGAUGACGAUGAGGCGGUGAAGGCAACAGGGCACAAGUUCAGAGACACAGUGCUGGCUCUUGGGGGAGGCGCUGCUGCCAAGGAUGUCCGGUCCGGAUCCCCAACAACCCCUCCAGCUUUCAUGAUCAUCUUUCACUUCAUCUCGGCCUGGCCGAGCCAAAUCCAGUGCGGCGCGGUGCAUAGUAAGGAUGGACGAACAAUUCUCUCCUCGUCAUGCCUCCCGCCCAUCGCCCUACCUCUCCCCUCCGUCUCCCAGCUGCUCAAGAGCUUUCUCCUGUGGCUCAAGAACGACGUGGGCGUGUGGGGUCCCGUCAUCAUCUGGGGCGGGGGGUACGUGUUCGGGCUGCUCGUGGGCUUCGUGGCGGACUCGCUCGGCUCCACGGCCGGCGCCACCGCCGCCUUCCUCGUUGGCAAAACCGUGCGUCUCGCGCUGCCCCCCCCUUGCCCGUUUCCCCCCCCCUUGCCCGCUGCCCCCCCCCUUGCCCGUUCCCCCCCCACCUUGCCCGCUGCCCCCCCCCCUUGCCCGUUCCCCCCCCCUUGCCCGCUGCCCCCCCCCCCCCCCCCUUGCCCGUUCCCCCCCCCUUGCCCGCCGCCCAUGCUUUGCUUCAACAAGCCCUCCCUUGUUUCCACGGCGGGCGCCACCGCCGCCUUCCUCGUCGGCAAAACCGUGCGUCCCGCGCUGCCGGUACUUGCUGACAUCCCAUCCCCGCCGCCUAUCGUUGUUCAGAAUCGAUUGUUCCCACAGCCCCUCUCUAGCUUCCACGGCCCUCUCUCUUGCGUCCGUGCUUCCUCCAUGUCUACCUCGCCCGUAGCCGGCUCGUUUGGCAACACCCGUGUCUCGCCAGCCCACCACUUCCCCACACCCAUCCUAUGCUUCACGCCCCACCCGUUCCCGACACUCCACCCGUUCCCGCUAACCCUCCCAUGCCCGCCCGCCCGCCCACGGCCUCGUGCGGUGCAGAUCGGGCGCUCAUACGUGUCGGCGAAGCUCAAGGAGUACCCGCAGUUCCAACCAGUCGCGCACGCCAUCUCCAAAUCCGUUUCUCGGCCUCCUCUCUCCCUAUUUCCUGCAAACUAUCUCGCCCCCUAUAAUCCGCUCCCUCCCCCCUUCACGCUCCCCCGCCCCCUCAUGCUCCCCCGCCCCCUCAUUCUCCCCGCCCCCUCAUUCUCCCCCGCCCCUCAUUCUCCCCCGCCCCCUCAUGCUCCCCGCCCCCUCAUUCUCCCCCGCCCCCUCAUUCUCCCCCGCCCCCUCAUUCUCCCCCGCCCCCUCACUCUCCCCCGCCCCCUCAUUCUCCCCCGCCCCCUCAUUCUCCCCCGCCCCCUCAUUCUCCCCCGCCCCCUCAUUCUCCCCGCCCCCUCAUUCUCCCCCGCCCCUCAUUCUCCCCCGCCCCCUCAUUCUCCCCCGCUCCCUCAUUCUCCCCCGCCCCCUCAUUCUCCCCCGCCCCCUCAUUCUCCCCCGCUCCCUCAUGCUCCCCCGCUCCCUCAUGCUCCCCCGCUCCCUCAUGCUCCCCCGCUCCCUCAUGCUCCCCCGCUCCCUCAUGCUCCCCCGCUCCCUCAUGCUCCCCCGCUCCCUCAUGCUCCCCCGCUCCCUCAUGCUCCCCGCCCCCUCAUGCUCCCCCGCCCCCUCAUUCUCCCCGCCCCCUCAUUCUCCCCCGCUCCCUCAUGCUCCCCCGCUCCCUCAUGCUCCCCCGCCCCUCAUUCUCCCCCGCCCCCUCAUUCUCCCCCGCCCCCUCAUUCUCCCCCGCCCCCUCAUUCUCCCCCGCCCCCUCAUUCUCCCCCGCUCCCUCAUGCUCCCCCGCUCCCUCAUGCUCCCCCGCUCCCUCAUGCUCCCCCGCUCCCUCAUGCUCCCCCGCUCCCUCAUGCUCCCCCGCUCCCUCAUGCUCCCCCGCUCCCUCAUGCUCCCCCGCUCCCUCAUGCUCCCCCGCCCCCUCAUUCUCCCCCGCCCCCUCAUUCUCCCCCGCUCCCUCAUGCUCCCCCGCUCCCUCAUUCUCCCCCGCCCCCUCAUUCUCCCCCGCCCCCUCAUUCUCCCCCGCCCCCUCAUUCUCCCCCGCCCCCUCAUUCUCCCCCGCCCCCUCAUUCUCCCCCGCCCCCUCAUUCUCCCCCGCCCCCUCAUUCUCCCCCGCCCCUCAUUCUCCCCCGCCCCCUCAUUCUCCCCCGCCCCCUCAUUCUCCCCCGCCCCCUCAUUCUCCCCCGCCCCCUCAUUCUCCCCCGCUCCCUCAUGCUCCCCCGCUCCCUCAUGCUCCCCCGCUCCCUCAUGCUCCCCCGCUCCCUCAUGCUCCCCCGCUCCCUCAUGCUCCCCCGCUCCCUCAUGCUCCCCCGCUCCCUCAUGCUCCCCCGCUCCCUCAUGCUCCCCCGCUCCCUCAUGCUCCCCCGCUCCCUCAUGCUCCCCCGCUCCCUCAUGCUCCCCCGCUCCCUCAUGCUCCCCCGCUCCCUCAUGCUCCCCCGCUCCCUCAUGCUCCCCCGCUCCCUCAUGCUCCCCCGCUCCCUCAUGCUCCCCCGCUCCCUCAUGCUCCCCCGCUCCCUCAUGCUCCCCCGCUCCCUCAUGCUCCCCCGCUCCCUCAUGCUCCCCCGCUCCCUCAUGCUCCCCCGCCCCUCAUUCUCCCCCGCCCCCUCAUUCUCCCCCGCCCCCUCAUUCUCCCCCGCCCCCUCAUUCUCCCCCGCCCCCUCAUUCUCCCCCGCCCCCUCAUUCUCCCCCGCCCCCUCAUUCUCCCCCGCCCCCUCAUUCUCCCCCGCCCCCUCAUUCUCCCCCGCCCCCUCAUUCUCCCCCGCCCCCUCAUUCUCCCCCGCCCCCUCAUUCUCCCCCGCCCCCUCAUUCUCCCCCGCCCCCUCAUUCUCCCCCGCCCCCUCAUUCUCCCCCGCCCCCUCAUUCUCCCCCGCCCCCUCAUUCUCCCCCGCCCCCUCAUUCUCCCCCGCUCCCUCAUGCUCCCCCGCCCCCUCAUUCUCCCCCGCUCCCUCAUGCUCCCCCGCUCCCUCAUGCUCCCCCGCUCCCUCAUGCUCCCCCGCUCCCUCAUGCUCCCCCGCUCCCUCAUGCUCCCCCGCUCCCUCAUGCUCCCCCGCUCCCUCAUGCUCCCCCGCUCCCUCAUGCUCCCCCGCUCCCUCAUUCUCCCCCGCCCCCUCAUUCUCCCCCGCCCCCUCAUUCUCCCCGCCCCCUCAUUCUCCCCCGCCCCCUCAUUCUCCCCCGCCCCCUCAUUCUCCCCCGCUCCCUCAUGCUCCCCCGCUCCCUCAUGCUCCCCCGCCUCCCUCAUUUCCCCCGCGCCUGGCAACAUCACAUAUCGUGCUGUUUCUGCGGCUGGUGCCCAUCCUGCCCGUCAACGUGAUGAAUUACGUGCUCUCCAUCGUGCUGCUGCUGCGGCUGGUGCCCAUCCUGCCAUUCAACGUGAUGAACUAUGUGCUCUCCGUCACGCCCAUCAGCCUCUCCUCCUACGUCCUCGCCUCCUGGAUCGGCAUGAUGCCCAUCACCUUCACCUUCGUGUAUCUGGGCACAACCAUUAAAGACAUUUCGGAAAUCGGCUCCCCGGGAGCUGCUGGGGCAUCGCAAUGGUCUUGCUGCAUGUGGCAUCUACCCCCUUUUCCCUUACCUGUGCCUGCAACUCACUCUCCCCUGUAUGCCCCCCUUCCCUGCCUCCCCCCUUCCCUGCCUCUCCCCCCUUCCCUACCUCCCUUUUUCUCUCUCCUUUUGUCCCUCUGUGAUGGUGCAUCUGCAGUGGAUGCUUGGGGCCGGCCUUGCUGUCACAAUCGUGGCGACUGUGCUUAUAACGAGGAUAGCAAAAGACGCCCUGCAGAGGGCGAUAGAGGAGAACCAGCAGCAGCACUGCGGCCUGCUCUCGCCCCCCGCCUCUUGCUCCUCCACCCCCACCGCCCUCACUCCCCACACAAACAACACGUACCAUGUCCCCUCUCCGCACUCCAUGGAAGCUUGCUCUAG